GUCAAAAUAAUCGUUGCAUGUAACGCUUACUUGGCCACCUACCCUGAGCACGGACAAAAGUGCCUGGUGUAUAAACUUAUCUCUGGAGAAGUCCUUGAUCACUUGAGUCUGAGAGUGACUUAAAUGCAUGUUAUGUGAUGAGAAUUUUGCCAGUUUUGAAAGAGUUCUAGGGUUGUGACUGUUCAUUUGGUAAUUUUACCUGCACUUUCCCAUUUGCUUUUACCUCAACUGCUGCAUUGGCUCUGUCAUAAGGUUUGUUCUCUUGUCUUUGCUCAGAUCGACCUUUCCUUCCAUGUAGAAUCUGUACAUAGCUGCAUUUUUACAGGGUUUUUUUGUAACAUCUUUGUUUCGAGCUUCUAAGGUCCGGUUGGAGGGGUUGUCCCGUCCCGUGUUAUUUUUCUUAUUUGGUUUACAGUAAUUUUUCAUUUGCCUGUAUCCUUUAUAACCAUCCUUGCUUCAAAUUUUGAAAAUACAAAAAUUUACUUGUGCUGCAAAAGGAAAAAGAGGGGAGGAAGACUACCAUUUGGCCUAUGUAGCAUUCUUUCUUAUUCUCCUCUCCUUUUGCAUGUACAUUUUAACACUGGAUCCUCAAUGUGGGAGUUUGAAAUUGAGUAUAGAAUUGAGGAAAUCAAAAUAGGAUGUGGGAAAAGCCAGCGGGAAUGCUUCUUCAGGAAGCACUUAUGCGAACAAGCGUUUUUGCUAGAUGCACGUUCAAAUUUGAAUUAAAGUCUUAAAUGUUCUUUUGAAAGUGCUUUUAUAAACUAGAAACACUUUUCACUUUUUCUGUCAAAAGUUGCCAGAGACGGGUUUUUUUUUUUGCUAUUUCAAGGCGUUUUUAGCCUUUUUGAAAGCACUUCUAGACGGAUACCUCUAGAAAACAGGAGUUGUGGUUAUUUAAUAAAUUAUCGGGGUAAAAGUUUCAUUUUAUCAUAAGGAAAUAUGUUUCAAGCCGUUAUUGUUUGACAGGGAAAAAAAGAAGAAAGAAAUAUUUUAAACUUGCAAACCUUCUCUCUUUGUUUAGGCAGUGCUUCUUCAAAAAUCACUUUUAUAUCCAAGUGUUUUUGCUAGAAGUACGUUGAAAAUUAAUUAAAAUAUGGAAAGUACUUGUAAUGCGCUUUUAUAAUCUAGAUGUAUGUCAAACACGGACAAAAACGUUUUUUGUCAAUAAAUCAUCGUGGUAAAAAGUUCUAGUUCUAAUUUUCAUGAGAAGGAAAUUUGUUUCAAGCCAUUGUUGUAUGAAAAAAGUAGAAAUAUUUUCACCUUGCCAAAACAUUCUCUUUGUGGUAAAACUAGCAAGGAAAGUGACAUCAUCAGUGACGAGCUGUAAAAUGCUUUGGUGAUGAUGCUGACGUGGGUGCAUCCGUUACAAAUGAAUUGGUAUUUUGCAUUUACCGAAUUACCAAACUAUUCAUUUGUUGUUUUCUUCACCUUUUAACAAUUAAUAAUUUAACCUACUAACGCUAACGUUUGUAUAAAAAAAAAUGUUUUCAAGUUCUUGAAUUUCUUAUAAAAGCUGAUAUCUAAAUAGUACAUAAAAUUAGAAGCGAAUUAUAUACAGGAACUGAUUACAAACUUUAGUAAAAAAUGAAACUCGAGAACACUAAAUCGUGUUUUAUGUUCGACAUUAUUAUAGGUUUAGUAUGCCUCUGGCUCUAGUUUUGACUAAAAGUUUGUAACCGGCUUUUUUGUGCGCAUUUUCUAUAUUACAAACAUGGGUUGAAAUUAAAAUGUAUAUGGCACAAUCCAGGGAUGGAAAUAUGGGAGGGAAGUGAACUAGUUGAAGGGAAAAGGAAGAGUGUCCGAAUUUCGGCAUUGAAGGAGGCUAAGAAGAACAAAGAAAUCCCCAAAUCCAAAACUAAUGUCGGUAGCGAGAAUGAUAAGACACCUAUUGCAGCAAAAGCAGCAGCUUCUGGUUCCAAGAGGGGCCGAAAGCGCAAAAAACUUGAAGAUGUAGUUCUAUCCUCUCAACAGCUGCAGGGUCCUUUCCACAAGUUGCGACUCAGCAAUCCUUCCCUUCUCAUUUGCCGAUGCAUGCAAGUUUUUGAAGACCGAAUACAUGAUCUCGAUGCGAGCAAGAUCAAUCAGCUGUUAUCUACGCCAGUGGCGGUGAAACAAGUAUGCGAGUACAUCCUUAAUACAUUACAAAGGAGGGACACACUUGAUGUAUUUGCUCAGCCUGUUGACCCUAAAAAGGUAACAACCUAUUACACAACCAUAAAAAAGCCAAUGGAUUUUGGCACCCUUAGAGAUAAACUUCAUGCAGAAGUGUAUGCAACCCUGCAACAAUUCAAGCGUGAUGUGCUGCUGAUACCCAAAAAUGCAAUUCGCUUCAACGGAAAAGCCACCAUAUAUUACCAAGAGGCUCAAGGUAUAAAAGAUCUUGCCAACGAACUUUUCAGAACUCUGAGAUAUGAUCGACGGCGUUUUCUGUUAAAAUAUUACUUCCAUGAAAUACUGUGCCCCGAUGGGAAUGGUGGAGAUAUACACUCAAAGUUUCUUGAACCAACUGGGAGGCCAAAGUUUUUUGAAUCAACUGGCAAACCACGGCGCUUGUGUGGCUCAUCUCUCAGAAGAGAAAAACAAGCAGAUCCAAAUCCUGGACUGAGAGAUGGUAGGGGCUCAAAUUUAGCCGAAGUGCAGAGCCGUUAUAGUUAUUGUACGCCUACCAAUGAGAAUGAAUCUUUAAUCUCAGCUGUCUACAACGCCCCCAGCAAAUCACUUGCCCAUAUUGAAGCUGGUUUCGGAUACAAAGAAAGUCUCAUGCGGUUCAUUAAAAAUUUGGGGCCAACAGCUCAAAUGGUUGCUAAGAAGAAAUUAGAAAGUCUACUUGCAGCUCAGAAUUGCCAGCCCCUGGCAACCCCUCCAAUUCAGAACCAAAAUAAUCCGGCUGUCACCCUAUCUGCAUCACCAGCACUUGGUCAUCCUAUUGGUGUUAAUGGUUCUCAAAUGGCUCAGAUGCAACAUAAUUCCCUGGAUAACUUGCCAAGGGAUGUGAAUGCUUCUUGUUUCCAUGGCGAUGCUUCUGCACAAGGAUAUGCCCCGGUUAGAGCCAGUGUAUGCAUCAAUGAGGGUGCUUACAAGGGAAAGAUGAAUGCAGCCGACACAUCCAGAUUAGGCAUGGAGGGUAAUGUCAUUGACCCGAAAGGGAAGGCACCCGAGGAACAAGAUACUUAUGACAGAACUUUCCCGAAACGGAUGGCUAUUGACAUAAACAAAACCAUGGACUUCACCAGUCUUCCCAAUGGCAUAAGACUUCACGGGAGCAACAUUGAAGGCAGGCCUCAUCAAUAUCAGAACGGAAACGUUCAGUUGGGGUCGCACAUUUGCGUUGUUAGAGAUUUGGGUGGUCCUGGGACAAACAGCAUAAAGUUUAGGACUGUGGAUAUGCUAGCAGAACGUAACAAUGUAGGAAACCUGCUGCAGCAGCUUCCGCAAGCUCCGAUGUCUAGGACUGCAUCAAAUCAGUCGAGGCUGCAAGAGAUCACGUCGAAAACUAACACCUAUCUGAGGCCUUCACCUGCUCCUGAGCUGUCGAGUUUGACCCAGGCAACAACUUCCUUCAAUGGUUCCGACACGCAACUCAAUAGAAACUAUGCAGCUAACUCUUUUCGUGCAGGUCAGCUUCCUCAAAUGAACAACUAUAUAGCUAACUCUGCACAGGCAGGUCAGCACAAGCCUCAAUUUAACUGUCCCAAUGCGGCGCAAGGUGUGCAAGAAAUGAGUAGCUUUCCGAGCAUGAAACUGAAGCUUGGUGAGGAUCAUAGUGCAUUGGCAAAGGAUGGCAUGUAUAUGAGGAGAGAACAAGGGGAGGUGUCGCUGGCGGCUCGGGGAAUGAUGAAGCCUCCUCCCUUGUACAAUGCAUUUGGUGGCCAUGAAAGAGCUACAACUCCAUGGUACCAAAAGGAGCCUACUCCUGAAUCUUUUCUGCCCUGGCAGGUGGACUCUCAGCAGCCUAACUUGGCUCUUCAGCUGUGAGUUGAGCUAAGGGAGGGGCUCCUUUGAACUUUCAUCCCAUGCAUGUUGAUCAAAUGGACUUGUUUUGUAUUAAUCUUUUGAAUGUCUUUUACCUUGUCCUAAGUUCAAUGACGGUUUUAUGUUUUAUGUUUUAUGUUCUAAUGUGUAAUGUCUCCUUUGAGUUGUUCAUCUAUGUCGUCCCUAAACUGCUUUGGUAGGCAACUCAGACUAUGUUUUAUGUUCUAAUGUGUAAUGUCUUCAUUUGUGUUCA